AGAACUAUUGUGUAGAUUAUAUAUAAAUUUUUUUUAAAUAUAUAUAUAUAUUUUUUUACAGUAUUUCUACAAUAAUUCAAUAUCCGGUUCACACUUUCAUCUUUUGUUUACAAAGCCUUUUCUAAAAGAACCAUAACGGGUUGGUGGUAGCUAACCAAGCUAGCAUGUUUACUAUUCAUAAAUGCUAUCUCAUCUAUUUAAGUGUAUUGUUGCUUAAUUAUUGUCGACGCGUAACUUGAGUACGAAAAUUCGUCUGGGAAAAGAAAUAUAAAGCGAAAACAAGUGAUGUAAGUUCGAUUUGCAUUUGCUUUUACAGCAUUUGACACUUCUACCGUGCGAGUAGUUUUGCUCGAAUCGUUUUAAACGAGUCAUUCUAAAUGAUUGAAUUGUGUCGAUUCCUCGGUCACUGGUUGUUUCCUGUGAGAGAGACACAUGUGAGAGGAGCUGUGUGCUGCAGGAGAGCAGAAGAGAGAAGUAAUAGUAGCUGUACGUUUCCACGCUGCUGUAAAAUACACCGCGUUUCCAGGGAGUAGAGGCAGGAAGAGUCAUGGCGGCUCCGAAAAAGCAGAAGAAGAAGAAGAAGCCGAGCUUCCGCAAGCUGCUGAAAACCAGCAACAUCAAGCUGGAGAACAAGCUGAAGAACCGUCAGUUCAGGAAGCAGAGCACGGAUAAGAAGCAGCGCAAGGAGCAGCGGAAACUGCGGCAGGCCCUCAGUGACGCGUCGCAGCAGACCGUGCAGCCUUUAGAGCGCUAUGAGAAGAAGCCAGAGGAGGAUGACGAGGAGGAGUUUCUGGAGUCGCUGCCCACCGAUAUGAUGGAGGAGGACGACCUGGAGGAGAUCCGAGCAAUGGCUCGGAAAGCCUCAUUCCUCACGAGAGACCUUUCCUCCUGUGCUCCCACUCACACCAAAAAGCGCAAGUCGGACCAGAUGUUGGAAAACUACGAGAAGAUGCCCAGGAAGCUGAAACAAGAGGAAGAGAAGGAGGUCAUUCAUCUGCUGCCAAUCAAAGACAAGAGGGGCCUGAUCCCUCAAACCAUGGAGAAACCAGUGGUGCCAAAAGCACCCGAGGAAGACGAGCAGGAGGACGCGAUCGAGGAAGAUGAGUCCGAGCAAGCAAUGGAAGAAGCGCGGAGCUUCCUGACACUGACUCCAGAAGAACAGCUGAAGCUUCGCUCGCAGAAGCUGAUGGAGAGGAAGCUCCGCAUCGCGAGCUUGGGAUCAGUCAUUCUAGCAGAUCCAAACUCUAACAUCAAGAAGCUGAAGGAGCUGCGGGCCAUGCUGAUGGAGACGGACCCGUGCGUGGCGGUUACGGUCCGCAAGCUGGUCAUGGUCUCGCUUAUGGAGAUCUUCAAGGACAUAGUGCCCUCUUACAGGAUCCGUCCUCUGACCGAAGCGGAAAAGUCCACCAAGGUAAAAAAGGAGACGCAACAGCUGAGAGAGUUUGAGGAGGGGCUCGUGAGUCAGUUUAAAUUCUACUUGGAGAAUCUGGAGCAGACCGUAAGAGACUGGAAGCAGAAGAAGCUGAAGGGCAGUCAGGCCGUGGCUCUGGCCUCCUAUAAAGGCCUGGCUGAAGUGGCCAUCAGGUGUCUGUGUGAGCUGCUGGUGGCUCUGCCACACUUCAACUUCCACAACAACAUCAUUGUCGCCGUGGUGGCGCUGAUGAACGACCCGGCCAGGAAGGUGUCCGUGAUGUGCUGUGAAGCGGUCAGGGAUCUGCUGAAGCAGGACAAGCUUGGCCAGGCUUCACUAGCCACAGUGAGGGUCAUCUCGGGAAUGGUCAAAGGCAGGAACUUCAACGUCAAACCAGAUGUCUUGAACACGUUGCUGUGCCUAAGGAUAAAAGAGGUGGAUGUGAAGAAGGACACAGAAGACCUGGCCCCCAAACAAAAGUUCAUGAACUUCAAAGAAAAGAAGAAGAGCCUGUCCAGGAUGCAGAGGAAGUGGAAGAAAGCCGAGGAGAAACUCCAAAAAGAGCUGCUCGAGACUGAAGCGUCUGAGAACAAGGACAAGAAGCUCAAGCUGCACACAGAGACACUCAACAUCGUGUUCCUGAUCUACUUCAGAAUACUGAAGAAAGCCCAGAAAUCCGUCCUGCUUCCCUCCGUUUUAGAAGGUUUAGCAAAGUUUGCUCAUCUCAUAAACCUGGAGUUCUUUGACGAUCUGCUCACGGUUCUUCACGAUUUAAUUAUGUCCGGCGAUCUGUCCUACCGAGAGAGUCUCCACUGCAUCCUCACAGCCUUCCACAUCCUCUCUGGUCAAGGCGAUGUGCUCAAUAUCGACCCGCUGAAAUUCUACUCCCACUUGUACAAAACCCUGCUUACGCUGCACGCAGGUGCAUCAAACGAGGACACGGGCAUCGUGCUGCGGUGUGUGGACGUAAUGCUGAGCAAGCGCAGGAAACAGGUCAGCCUGCAUAGAGCUCUGGCCUUCCUCAAGAGACUCGACACACUCGCUCUGCACGUAAUGCCCGACUCGUGUGUGGGCAUCCUGGCGGCUAACAGAGCACUCAUACACACUUUCCCCAAGUGUGACAUCAUGCUGGAUAACGACAUGCAGGGCAGCGGUGUUUACCUGCCUGAGCUGGAUGAGCCGGAGUACUGCAACCCCGAAAACACCUGCCUGUGGGAGCUGCACACACUCAAGAGACACUACCACCCCAUGGUGAGGAAAUACGCCAGUCAUCUGUUGGCUGGAGCGCCGAGUGAAGGUGCCGGUGCACUGAGUCUAGAACUGAGCAGAAGCGCACCCGUGCAGCUGUUUGAAGAUUACAGUGUGAAGGACAUGACCUUUAAUCCACCCGUUGCAGGACCACCCAAGAAGAAGGAGCGCUUCACAAUCGGCGAGGCUUUCCUGGACCCCGAUCUGAGAGCACAGAUCAACGCAGCUCUUCAGGAGGACGAGCAAAUCCCCCUCGACUUUGCAGCACAUCGGAUACAGAAGUGAGCGAACUCUGAAACUGUAAAUACGUCUGUAUUACGAUGUUUUAUAUCAGUGUGUUUCAAAUAAAUAAAAAAAAGUGGCCUUUUGACUAAAAAAAGCACAUUUCGGUGUAAAUAUUUAUAAAGAAAUCCUUAGAGAGGGUUGAAAGUUGGGAUUAAAAGUAAUAUAAUUAAAUAGUAAUAUGUAAGACAAUGUAAUAUUAAUGAAUCUGAUAAAACCCAGCGAGAGAAAAAAAACCCUCGGGGUUGCUGUAUGUGUAGCGUUUUUGAAUCUUUCACCAAAAGGUGCUUCAUGAUCUUGAUUCAGGGGUAUCCCAUCAGCCUUCUAAAGCAAGUUAAGGGGGGGAAAAAAAAAAAAGUCAUUUUCUACAAGAUUUAGUUUUUAUUGUACAACAACUGUUAUUUCCUCCACAACAGUCAGACAGUCUCAAGAUUAACACAAAGGAAGGAAGGAAGAAAGAAAGAAAGAAGUGCUGAACAAUAAAAUCUGUUACACAGGCAUUACUUUAACUGAUCACAAUAAAUCAACUUGAUCACUGCUGAAUUGAAAGUCAGUGCUAACAAAGCUGCAUGACACACUCGAGAAGAAAAACAAAGAAAGUACACGUGUAUGUAGAUGUGUGUGUAAUAUAUAUAUAGUAGUGUCUCCAAAUACCAAAGCAUCACUGAAUACUUUAAAUUCUUAAUUACAAAAAGUAUAAACAAUAUACACAUACAGUACGAGCUAGUUGGGCAAGAUUUACACCCUCCAGAAUAAAUUAGGUACAACGUGGCUUCAAUAGUUCUAUCGUAUAUCCGUGGUAUGUACAAGAGAAGAAAUACACGGCCGACCCGGGCUAUGCUUUUAAAUAAAUAAAGACAAGACGGGGGGGGCUGACAAGAGGCAAACGUUUCCAACCUUCAUGCAGGGCAGGCCCACUUUAACAUUUAAUAAGCAGUCAGGUUAAAGACAUGGAUAGACUAGAGAAGAGAAGAAUGUUACACGUCGAGG